AUGGGUGCGUGCUUCUCUGGGCCGGCGGGCGACGGCGACCAGGAUGCGAAGCUCAAGAGCAUGGAAAUUGAUCGACACCUGGAUGAGGAUGGGCGUCGGGGGAAGAGCGAGUACAAGAUCCUGCUGCUAGGCUCUGGCGAGUCGGGCAAGUCGACGAUUGUGAAGCAGAUGAAGAUUAUCCACCAGAACGGCUACACGCCGGAUGAGUUGCUGGUUUAUCGUCUGACGGUGAUCAAAAACCUCGUUGACUCGGCGAAGACGGUUGUGCUGGCGCUGCGCAAGUUUAAGCUCGAGCCCGAGCGCAUCGAGAACCGGGAGAAUGCCGACGUGAUUCUGCAGUACGAGGUCGCGCCGAGUGCCGACACGGUGCUCCCGCCCCAUAUGGGCGCUGUUAUCACGUCGCUGUGGAACGACCCGGUAAUCACCAAGCUCUUGGACCGCAGCACCGAGUUCUACAUGAUGGACAAUGCCGCGUACUUUUUCACGAGCGCAUCGCGCAUCGCCACGCCGACCUACUUGCCUAACGAGCAGGAUGUGCUGCACGCGCGAUCCAAGACCAUCGGUGUGAUGGAGACGCAUUUCCGCAUGGGCGAGUUAUCCAUCCACCUCGUCGACGUGGGCGGACAGCGCUCGGAGCGGCGCAAGUGGAUCCACUGCUUCGAGGCGGUGACGUCGAUCAUUUUCUGUGUCGCCCUGAGCGAGUACGACCAGGUGCUGCUGGAAGAUAGCCAGCAGAACCGCAUGGCAGAGAGCCUGGUGCUGUUUGAGAGCGUGGUCAACUCGCGCUGGUUUACCCGCACGUCGGUCGUCUUGCUCCUCAACAAGAUCGACAUCUUCCGCCAAAAGAUCCCAAAACACCCGCUGGCGGACUACUUUCCGGAGUACACGGGCGGUAACGACGUGAACAAGGCGGCAAAGUACAUUCUUUGGCGCUUUACCCUCGCGAACCGCGCCAAGCUCAACAUUUAUCCCCACCUGACGCAGGCGACCGACACGAGCAACAUCCGCCUGGUGUUUGCGGCAGUGAAGGAGACCCUGCUGCAGAACUCGCUGCGCGAGACGGGCCUGCUGUAG